AUGUCGUUGACACUCACCUUGCCAGCACGUCUGGCCGUCAAACCAGGGCGCACUCGGCAGGUGUUCGAAUCUCGUGGGUUGCAGAGGCGACGAGGCCCAUCUGAUCGAUGCCAAUAUGCCGCACGCCGGUGUCUCGCAACGCAGACGAAACGCUCCGCGAACAAUCAUCCCUUGGCUUACACCUGGCUGACACGCAACCCUGAAGAGAUUACUCCAGAUGACGUUAUUUCAAGCCUCCCCUCUCUUUCGAGCUCGCGACUAGAAUCAAACCCGAUUUCUGUCAUCCUUGUCACGCCCAGCUUUGCAUCAUGGAUCGAUCCAUCCCACACUUUCCUCGAGCAAUGGGUCAACCGCUUGUACCAGAAUCUACCUUCCGGAGAACCCCACAGCUCUGCGCAUGCCUUUGUAGCAAUCGUCGAUAAACUACCCGGUACCAGUUGCAAGUCAAAUAAUGCGCCAAAGGAGGAGGAUGUCCAGGAGUACGAGGGCAUAUCGGUUCUGUUAUCAAAAGCAGAGAACAUACAAGGAAAAGUCGCCGCGCCACGUCGACUCCGAGCUACGGACGCUCCGGAAGCAGCUCUUGUAUUCUCGGUCCAAACGAAUACCUCCCACGCCGCCAGUGAAGCCCUCCGUCGGCCUAUUCAUGAAGUUGGCUUACGUCUCGCCAACACUAUAUUUCUCAAUGGCAAGGAAAACACCCUUUUUGGAACACGUUGGGCCUACGAUGCUUCCUCGUCCAGUUAUAGUCUGGACCAGGCCGUCGACUUAUCUCGCUGUUCGAUUACAUCAGAUACGGAAUCCAUCCACAGCUCCCUCGGUCUCCCGCUAUAUCCGGUCGGCCGGCGAAGAAAGGUUGUAACCAGCAUGGGGAAUAUUCUGCGCCAGAUCACAAAGCAUGCCGAUGGUCAAUCGAUGGAUCCGAUGCCAGCGUCGGCUGAGCUGGAAAAAGAGCUUCCUCGCUAUAUUGAAGAUCAUGAUAUUCUCGAUCAGAGGGUAUCGGUAUGGGCUCUCAUUGAAAGCCCCGACAAGAAUGGUGCAGACAGAACCCCAGACGAUCUUAUUGAGGCAAUUCAGGCGGGUGGUAAACUACACCAUGUCAUGAGCGGCGGUGGUGGAUGGGGCAAAAAGCAAGGCCUCUUGUCGCUGGACCCUGAAAUCAGCUUCUUGGUGCCAUCGGACGACGGGGAGCCUGUGGGUCUGAACGGGCUCUUUUCUCCCCAGGCCGAGGGCUCGCUGCCAAAUCGAUUGCCAUCCCUCGACCAACGAGUCGUCAUCGAUGAUCUAUCAUCUCUAUCACAGGUUGCCCGUGCGGGAGACUAUAUUCAAUUCUUUGUUUCAGUCAACCCUGAAGAUAACCAGAGCGGACUGAAGCCGUCGCUGGUUCCAGAAGAAGCUCUUUCGUAUCAAUUCGGUGUCGUCACCGAUUCUGAAAGCAUCUUGCCACCAUCGAACACUUCUUCGGGGCAAAAGUGCUUACUUCAUGUGCCGAAUCAUUUCGGGGCACUGUCAGAGAAGGCUGUCACUUAUCUGCAGCCCAUCACCCCAGCCAGUUCGGAUGGAGAGGUCCUCGAAACUGGCACCAAGCUCAAUAUGCCUGGGGCUCGGGUCACGCUUGUGCUUGAGUAA